GCAGAAGUAAGACCUUCAGACUGUACUUUACAACAUUGUACUUAGAGAAAUUAGGGAAUGGAACAAGGUACAUUCAAAAUGCAACACUCCAAGCUAAAAUUUCUGAUCUUGCUAACAGAACCUUGGAAACAUUUUAUGGUAUGCAGAACAUUGAGAUGCAUAUGAAGCUUACCCUUGUUGAUAUCGUCAAUAUCGAUUCUGUUGUUACUGAAUCAAGAAGAGUGAUUGCUGCUAGUGAAAAAGUCUUGAACAUUCUUCAAAAAAUAGAUGUUAGCUCCCUGCAAGAUCCACUUGCUUACGUCACCAUCUUUGACAUUCUUGCUAUUCAAUACCAUGCAUACAUUCGUGUCAAAAAUGCUGCCAAGGUUGUAUUUAAAAUUGUAUACAAUGAUGUAGAAAACCAGAAUCUAAAUAAAAUUAUCAAAAUUCAGCAGAAAUUGGAUUCCUAUUGUGACAGAGUACCUAAAAUGGCUAAAAUUAUUGCACUGAAAGGUCCUGCUUCAGAAUCAGAAUCAGAAUGCCCCAUUGGUCAAAAGGUUCAAAUCCAAGGCAGCAUCACAUGGCCAACACAACAAUUAACUGUGAAUGUCAUUGCAAAUCUCACCAAGUCCUGGGAACAAAUUAUUUGGGAAAUGUUGCAGCCAUUACCAUUGAGUAAGAGUGUCGCCACAUACAGAUGGUUACAUGAUGUCUCUCAUGGCAAACCAGAUAGUUUGGCCAGGUUACAAAUUACCAGCCGAGUGAAUUCUUAUCAAGAAUUCCAAAUUGAAACUUAUGUCAAGGACGGUGAAGUUCCACCAAGCUGGAUAGAAGCAUCAAGCAAAUUAUUUGAUAAGGUUCACCAUUCACUCUUCCCAUUCACCACCCUGAAAGCUGUUACUCUUGAAUCCCCAGUCAUGAAAGACAGUUGUCGUGGAGUGUGUAUCCAAGGAGCUGUUUCUCAUAGGAAUUCUCUAGUUAAUGCUGUGUUCCGCCUCCCAAGAUCAGUCUACACAACCAAUGUUCCAUGGACUGUGUUGACCCCACUUAGAAUGAAAACAUGUCUAUAUUAGUGCAGGACAAUAUUGCCAUCUGCAGUAGCAAAUGCUAAGAGCACAAAGUUGUCAAAAUAUUUUUACCAUUCCAAUUUGAUCUUCAUUGGUUUCUCUGUUGAAAUCAAUUUACAAGAUCAACUAUAAAACAAACUAAAAAAAAUUACUAAAACAAUAAAAAAAUAAAAAUAAAAAUUCCUUUGGUGUGAA